GGGCAGGUGUGAGCAUGCUGUUGGCUGUGGUGAACUCUUUCAUGACUUCCUAGCUACACUGCACUGAAAUUUCUGAAGCCAUGAGCCAACUGAAACCUUUCUAUCAGAUAUUUUGGUUAGAGUGAGGAGAAAAUUCAUAAAUACAGUCUCCCUUUUAAAAUGCACAUGAAUACUAUCCACCAUAAAGCUGGAAUACCUGCAUUAUGCUCAGAAAGAACGUACUUCAGAGUAAUAAUAACAGCAAAAAGUAGGUCAGUUUACAAUGUAGAUCUUUCCAUAACAAUAAAAACUUUCUCUGGCGGGUGAUAAAUAAGGGCAGUAGCAGCUGACAGACAGAAAAGAAAUAGAGAAUGAGCCAUAAUUAUAGCCAUAUUUCAGUACUUUUUCAGUGCUGGGUAUUGAACCCAGAGACUCAUACAUGAUAGGCUGACAUUUUUGUUUGUUUGUUUUAGGUUUUUCGAGAUAAGGUUUCUCUGUGUAGCCCUGGCUGUCCUGGAACUCACUCUGUAGCCCAGGCUGGCCUUGAACUCAGAAAUCCGCCUGCCUCUGCCUCCCAAGUGCUGGGAUUAAAGGCGUGCACCACCACACCUGUCUUGGCCCUAGCCUUCUUAUAUGCCCUUUUUAUGCCCGAAAAGACAAGCAAGACAGGAAACCAGAGCCAUGUUGAAGAUCAACUUAACUGACAUUUAUAAAAUACUCUACACAAUAACUGAACAUACUUUAUUACCAAAGCACAAUUAACAUUUACCACAUCAGAUGAUACUCGGAAGCACGUGACAAGUUUUUUAAAAAAUUAUUUAAAUGAUUCAAAUAUAAUUUAUAAAGACUUUGCAAGUCAAGUGAAACGAAAACUCUUUAUCGAAAUAAGUGGGAUUCAGUUAAGUUAUUAUUCAUAUAGUAAGUUAUCAAACGACUCUAAGUAUUAUCACAGAAAUGACCUCAGUUUGUGAAUUAAGGUAGAAAAAUUAAAAAUUGAAUAACUAUUGAGUUCGAGGCCAGCCUGGUCUACAAAGUGAGUUCCAGGACAGCCAGGGCUAUACAGAGAAACCCUGUCCCGACAAAACAAAAACAAAACAAAAACAAAAAAACAACCAAACUAAAAACAAUGGGGGAAAAAAACCCAGAAUAAAUAACAAGAAAACCAAAAAGCAGUAAACAAAUCAUUACUUUCGGGAUUGGGAACGGUCAGAUUCUACGGGGACAAAACAGGGCUAUUGUUUACAGAUAUUCAUCAAUAAAUCAAGCAGUUUAGACAGUUUCACCAGAUACUAAAGUUCUCUCAAUGAGAAACAAUGGUGGGUAUUUGUUAGACAAGUGAGUGCGAGCUAGGGCAGGGUAAUGUGUGGGUGGUUUUGGGGGCCUUAGAGGCAUGAUUUUGUCUCCAAGAAACUGUUUUUGUUUGUUUGUUGUUGAGGAGAACAUCACCCACGAUUUCAUACUGAUCUUUCCAGCAAUGGGAAGGUUGGUUUUGGAUAUCUCCUGGAAGGCCCUCCAUGGACAGAACAGGCCUCCUGGAAAUGGCCAGCGGCACGUAACUUAGGAGGCGGCGCCAGCGGAGCGGGGUGGCCUACUGCCCUGCGGAAGGGCCGGGCUGUACCUUCCCUCGCCACCAUCUCAGCAGCCGCCGCAGACUCCCUGGCUGGACCAGGGUGGGGCUGUGCGCCUGCGCAGCUCAGCAAACGCGCUCUCCAGUGUCGGCUGCCGGAAGUCUGACCUUUCGCUCCCGCUGAUGAUUCCUUUCCGGGGUCACGUUGAUCUUCCGGGUCCUGUGACAGGGUUGUCUACGCCGCCUUUUCGGCGACUUUUUAGUCUUCCGCCUUUUUUUUUUUUUCCUCCCCCACCCCCCUUUCUUUUUGUUGUCGCCACCCCCAGCCUUCCACGGCCGCGCGGGCCUGGCCUUAGGCUCGUGACUCUCCGCCGCCCUGCCCGCCCGAGCUGGGCCUCGCUGCGCCGGGCCGCUGGCUGCUCCUACCUCUGCCUGCUCGGGCGGCAGCUCCGGCCUGGGAGCGUGUUGGCGGGCAGUGCCGCUGGGCCCCGCUCGGCCCUUCGGCGUGGACGCCGACCGAAAGAGUAAGACUGUCUUGAUACUCCCUCUUGGAGUUCCAAAAGGCAGUGGAGACCCAAGGUAGAAGAAUACAUGUUUACCUUUAGUGAACAAGAGCAUGUUCCCAAACUCAAUUUUGGGUCGUCCACCCUUCACUCCAACCCACCAACAGCAUAAUAACUUCUUUGCUCUCUCACCAACUCUUUAUUCACACCAGCAACUUAUAGAUGCACAAUUCAACUUUCAAAAUGUAGACUUGUCUAGAGCUGUGUCCUUACAGCCCCUGACAUAUGGAACUGUCAGUCCAAUACAGACCUCAACAUCUCCAUUAUUUCGAGGAAGGAAGAGAAUAAGCGAUGAAAAAGCUUUUCCUCUUGAUGGUAAACGGCAGCGUUUCCAUUCACCCCACCAAGAGCCAACUAUAAUCAACCAGCUAGUGCCUUUAUCAGGUGACAGAAGAUAUUCCAUGCCACCGUUGUUUCACACGCACUAUAUACCAGAUAUAGUCAGAUGUGUUCCACCUCUUCGAGAAAUUCCACUGUUAGAACCUCGAGAAAUCACACUGCCUGAGGCCAAAGAUAAGUUGAGUCAGCAGAUACUAGAGUUGUUUGAAACUUGUCAGCAGCAAGCAAGUGACUUGAAGAAGAAAGAACUCUGUAGAGCACAGCUGCAGAGAGAGAUCCAGCUGCUCUUCCCACAAAGCAGACUUUUUCUCGUUGGAUCAUCUUUGAAUGGAUUUGGUGCCCGAAGCAGUGAUGGCGAUUUAUGCUUAGUUGUUAAAGAAGAACCAUGUUUUUUCCAGGUAAAUCAGAAGACUGAAGCACGACAUAUACUCACCUUAGUCCAUAAGCACUUCUGUACUAGACUGUCUGGCUAUAUUGAGAGACCUCAGCUGAUUCGAGCAAAAGUGCCAAUUGUGAAGUUCAGGGAUAAAGUCAGUUGUGUGGAAUUCGACUUAAAUGUAAACAAUACCGUUGGAAUUAGAAAUACAUUCCUUCUCAGAACCUAUGCAUACCUUGAAAAUCGAGUUCGUCCAUUAGUGCUGGUGAUUAAGAAGUGGGCAAGUCACCAUGACAUCAAUGAUGCCAGUCGUGGCACAUUAAGCAGCUAUAGUCUUGUAUUGAUGGUUUUGCACUAUUUACAAACCCUACCUGAACCCAUCCUUCCAUCCCUCCAAAAAAUUUACCCAGAAUCAUUUAGUACUUCUGUCCAGCUGCACCUUGUUCAUCAUGCCCCAUGUAAUGUCCCUCCUUACCUCUCAAAGAAUGAAUCAAGUCUUGGGGACCUCUUACUGGGCUUUCUGAAAUAUUAUGCUACAGAAUUUGACUGGAACACUCAGAUGAUUUCAGUUCGUGAAGCCAAAGCCAUCCCAAGGCCUGAUGAUAUGGAAUGGAGAAAUAAAUACAUCUGUGUUGAAGAACCUUUUGAUGGAACUAAUACCGCCAGAGCUGUGCAUGAGAAGCAGAAGUUUGAUAUGAUCAAGGAUCAAUUUUUAAAGUCAUGGCAGAGAUUGAAAAACAAGAGAGAUCUGAACAGUGUGCUGCCUUUGAGAGCUGCUACCCUGAAAAGAUAACUGGUCUCUAAUUCUUCAAUUCUUCCAAGAAAUAAAGAACAACAGAUCUAUCAUAAUUCAUUUUGUUUACCUCCAUCAUGGUUUAUUUUUAAUGUUCUUGUUUUCAUGUUUUAUUUUUAAAAGGACAUAUAUAAAGAUUGCAUAUUUUAUUAUGACAUUUCCUAAUAAACUCUUUGAUUUAAGAAAAUGUAUUUUUGAAAAUGUUUACAUCUCUUAGUAGUAUUAUGGCAUGACUUUUCAGCAUAAAAUAUAUUUUGAGAAAUUACCUGAACUAAUAAGGUUUUGAUAUAUUCUCAAGUACUUGUACCACAUACUUAUCCUGAGAACUACGUGGGAUUUUGCAAAGAUCCUAGUACUUAGUAUAACUGGCAGCAGCAGCAGCAGUCUAGCUCAGUUCUAGUCAAGUAAAGAUUCAAGUCAGCUAUUCAGUUACUUGAAGCAAAUGAAAUCUUUGAUUCAGUGCGAUCACUGUGGCGUCUUGAAAUACUGGACAGUUGCCUUCAGUCUUCACUCGACUCCCUGGGACACUGUCUGAGGGGUGGCUGUACUGUUUAUAGCACUUCACAACUGACUUUGAUAGACUCUGGAGGUUGCUUUAGAUUUUGUGUUGAAACAAUACAUUUUGCACUGUUGUAACAGGAACACUAACAACAGUUAGUGACUUGUUUAUGGACUAUUUGAAAGUCUCUGACUUAAAUAUUUUGGAAAAAAUGGAGUUUCUUCUGCUUUCUGAUAGCACAGUGAACCUGUGCACUGUGGCUUCGCCUGUUUUCCUGGUUUUAUUUUCCUCAUGAUAGGAAACAGCAGAAAACGGAAACAUCAACGUUGAGAUUAUAUCCUACUUGUAGAAUCAGAUUUCCGUGGAUUAUAAUCUAAACUGGAAUUUUUAGGCAGUAAGCCACUACAAAGUGUUUUAGAUAAGACAAUAAAGUUAUAAAUAAAAGUUUAAUGUUUAUACAAAAAUCUUUUUUAGUAUUUCUCUUCCACAUGAAAGUAGUAGUUCAGAUGCAAGCUAAGCUGUUUAAUAAGAUUGUUUUUAGUUUAUGUAAAUACUUGUAAAUUGGUCAGUACCUGUAUUGUACAUUUAAAUAUAAAAAGUAAUCUUGAAGGCAGUUUUAACUUUUUCAAAGAUUGCAAACUUCUUGUAGGCCUACAGUGGUACAAUUUGUACCACUAAACUAUUUUUUGCAGACCAAUUAAAAAACUAAAACUUUCACUUUGUUUGACUUACAAAGGGUGCAUAUUUUCUUUUUUCUUUUUAAGUUUAAAUUUUUGUAUGCUGUCAAAUGGAAUAAAGUUUAUAUCUGGA